ACAUUCGUGUUUCAACUCUAACGACCGACGUGGCAUGUCUGCUCCUUCAUCAUAAUUUUCCUUGCCACGAAAUCCUUCUUCUCACUUUCUCUCUCUUGCAAUUCUUUCUUCCCCAAAAAUUCCCAAAUCUCAUUCGAUUCAAUUCAAUCUAGAAUCGGUGAAUUCAAUUGACGAAUUUCUUGUUGAAUACGUUUCAGCAAAUUAGGGUUUUCAAUUGACGAAUUUGUUGAAUACAAGAAAGAAUGGAAACGAGUAGAAGAGCGGUGGAAUCAUACUGGAGAUCACGGUUAAUCGAUUCAGCUACAUCGGAUGAAGAUAAAGUCGCACCCGUUUACAAAUUGGAAGAAAUUUGCGAGCUUUUGCGUUCUUCGCAUGUUUCUAUUGUUAAGGAAGUUUCUGAUUUUGUUUUGAAACGUUUGGAUCAUAAGAGUCCCAUUGUAAAACAGAAGGCUUUAAGAUUGAUAAAAUAUGCAGUUGGAAAGUCUGGUGCCGAGUUCAGAAGAGAAAUGCAGAGACAUUCGGUGGCAAUUCGUCAAUUAUUGCACCACAAGGGACAGUUAGAUCCUUUGAAAGGCGAUGCACUAAAUAAGGCUGUGCGGGAAACUGCUCAAGAGGCUGUCUCUGCCAUCUUCUCAGAAGAAAAUAGUAAUAAUAAUUAUAAGGCCGCUGCCGCACCUUCUCAAGAUCUUAACAGGCGGAUACAAGGGUUUGGGAAUACAAACUAUGAACCGCCACCUGAAGAUAUCAAGUCUUUUAUUAGUGAGGUAGUUGGUAUUGGAAGUGCAUCAAUUAAGCAAGGACUUCAUAGCUUAACACAAGGACAUUCACUAAUGAAGAAUGAAACUGGAAGUGGAAACUACAAGAGUCCAAUUCAAAGGUCGUUGACCGUCGAAUCGGAACGUGGUGACAGAUAUGAACCAGUUGCAUAUCGUAGUGAAACUCAAAGUAGUUUUGGACUUCCUAAGAAUCAAUCUAGCGGUUCUUGGAAUCAGGAUUCAAGAGUGAAUAAGAUGGACAUUUCAAAUGGUGAAUCCAGUGGAAAUUCUUCAGAGAUUAAGACCAGAGAAGAUAGGUUGCUGGAGACAAUUGUAACUUCAGGAGGUGUUCGCCUGCAGCCCUCCCGAGAUGCCAUUCAAGCUUUUAUAACAGAGGCUGCAAAGUUGGAUGCUCUGGCUUUAAGUCAUGCUCUUGAACUAAAGCUCCAAUCUCCUAUUUGGCAGGUACGCAUGAAAGCUGUUUGUGUUCUCGAGUCCAUCCUUAGAAAGAAGGAUGACGAUCAUUUUUCACAUGUGGCAUCUUACUUCACUGAAAACAAAGAUGUGGUGCUGAGAUGUUCUGAAUCUCCCCAAGCCUCUUUGAGAGAAAAGGCUAUAAAGGUUCUUAGCCUUCUAGGUGGAGACCAGCCAAACAGUUCUAUUAAUUCAGAGAAAGCUGUAAAGACAGGGACCGCUACUGUUGCUGAACUGCCCGACUUGAUAGACACUGGCUAUUCAAAUGAUGAUAACUUAAUGGACAACUCAACAAAUAGUAUUGAUGAACAAAAUAUAGGGAAUUUGACAUCAUCUACACCUCUGGUUGACGAUUUAUUUGGAGAUAUAAGUGGCUCUAUUAGAGCUAGUCAUGAACUGAAAAAUGAUGACGACCCUUUUGCUGAUGUCUCAUUUCACACAGGCGAGAGCAAAGAACAUGCAGAUGAUCUAUUUUCAGGGAUGACAGUUGGUGAUGAUAAACAGGGUGAUCAUGAGAGUCGCAAGCAGGGGAUUCAAAGUGAUCCUCAACUUUUUGAUCUAUUUGGUUCCAGUUCCAAGCAAGGAAAUCAUAAUGGGUCUGUUAGUGAUUUAAUGGGUGGUUUGUCAAUAGAUGAAAAUACCUCAAGUACGAAGCCGAAGGGAACAUCAUCCACAGUGCAAUCCGAAUCUUUAUUUUCAGGUUUAAACAAUCAUACCCUUGACAAUAAUACUCUUGGCGGCAUGUUGGGCUCACAGGCUCAGCCAAUUGGGUUCAAUGUAAAUCCAAUGUUUCCCACCGGUCAUAUGCCAUACAAUAUGCCGCCUGGUAUUAUGUUGAAUCAACCAUAUCCUACUCAACCUCUUAAUUAUGGUGCAAUGGGAACUAUAUUGGCUCAGCAGCAAUUACUUGCUACAAUGGCUAAUUUCCAACACAUUAGUAAUGUCAACAUGCGAGAUGGCGGUGUUUCUCAAAUGGUUGGACCUAAUGGAGCUUCCCCUCUGCCAGACAUAUUUCAGCCAAAUUUGACAUCUCAAACUCCCGGCUCAAUCAUCAACAAUUCAAAGAAAGAAGAUAAUACUAAAGCAUUUGAUUUUAUCUCGGACCAUCUUGCCUCGGCUCGCGACUCAAGGAGAGUGAUUUGAAAUUUAGAUUUUGUGCUUUUGUUGAGGAUAUUUAAGGUGUUGCAGUGUUGGAUUGACAUUAUCACAUUAAUAGAUGAUAUUCUGCAUGUCCAUGUUAACAUCGUAAUAAAACGAGAAACACUUCAGACAUGGAAUAAGAGACAGUUGCAGUUCUCAAUGUUUUUCUGGAUAGAAUGUAGCAGGAUAAUGUUGCGUAAUGUUUUAUUUUCAUGAGUAUGUUUUUCCUUUGAGAAAAUUAUUUUCAUGAGUAUGUUGUGUACUUAGUUAACUGUUGAUAAUAUUUUUUUUGAUAAAGUAAUUGCUGAGAUUUUGCUACUGCAAUUGAUUGUGUAUUCCUUUUAUUUGUAUUUGUCUCCAUUGCAUGUGUGGAAGAGCAAAAAA